AUGUCGGCGAAGGGUGAGACGAGUGCUUGCGUACCUUGUGGCAAGCCAUGGCGGCAAGUCCUUUUGCUGCUGCUUGGUACUUGGAUGGCACUCUGUGGCGGCAGCCUCUAUGCCUUUUCCAGGUUCGAGGUUCAGAUCAUGAGCCACUGCGGCCUUUCUGCACAGCAGCUAGAUGUGGUCUACGCUGCGGGUCAGGCCGGCGUUGGUUUAGGCAUCAUCCCGGGCACGCUGUAUGAUCUUCGCGGUCCAGCGGGCACCAGUCUCUACGGUGCUGUCUUCACAGCGGCUGGAAAUUUGGGCAUGUCUCUCAUGUUGCAACGAGAUGGCUGCGGUGGUGUGUCAACGCUGGCGCUGUGGUACUUUCUCGUGCAGCAGGGCUCUGUGGCCAUCUUCCAAGCGGGCCUGUUUUCCAACAUUGCCCAGGCCCCGCCAAAGAUGCAGGGCCUUGUCACGGGCAUUGUGUCCUCUGGCUACGGCCUGUCCGCGGCCUUCGUGACGCUCCUCUUUUCGAUGUUUGGCGAUGACGACUUAGAUCGCUACUUCAAAGGCACCGGCCUCAUUUUCUCCUUCACUGGCCUGGCUGCGGCAGCUUUGAUGCCGUUGCUGCACAGCAAAGCGCAUCCUGCUGCUUAUGGCCGACUGGAGGAAGCUAGCAAGGACGAGGCUGGGCAUCGUUCUCCACAGCCCACACUGUAUGGCCGGCAGGACGAGGACUCUCCAGCACCUGCAAAGUUGCCUAAAUCUGCUCCAAUGACGCGGAGUGAGAUUUUGUGCAGGGCCGAUUUUUGGCUCUUCUUGCUCUCCUUCGUCCUUUUGCAGGCCAUUGGCUCUGGGCUUUACAUCGCCAACCUUUCCUUGAUGGGUGACUCCUUUGGCAUUUCUGCAGAUAGCCGAGCAACGUAUGUACGAGCAGUGUCCUACUGCAACUGUCUCGGGCGCAUUGGCAGUGGCCUUGCCAUGGAUGCGCUGGAGAUGCGAGGUGUGCACCGCUCAGACCACAUUCUGAUUACGGCCUGUGGCGUGAUUGUCGCUUCACUAGCUCUUCUUCUUUUGCCAGAGGAGGCGCUGGCAAGCGCAUUGCUCCCUGCGCUGGGGCUCACUGCUGCAGCGUAUGGUGCAAAUUGGGCUAUCAUGCCAUCAUACAUUGCAAAGCGCUUUCAGGGCUCGCAUGUGGGCAUGAUGUUCAACAUCCACAGCGGUCAUAUAGCGCUGGCGGUGCUUCUAACCUCCUAUGCCGUUGGCGGUCUUUAUGAUGCGCAGGCUGCGGAACAAGGCCAAGGCGCCUUCUGCCGCGGGGGAGUCUGCUGGCGCACCUCCUUCGGCCUGGCCGCGGGCACUGAGAUCUUUGCGCUGGCGGUGGCGCUGGUGCUGAUGUGGAAGGUACGGCAUGCUCAAGAUGAGCAGCGUUGUAGCAAGGUAGCAGCCACUAAAGCGUAG